AUGGCCAUCUUUGAGUCGAUUCGCUACCUCCCGACGCACGAGCUGCGCAAGUACUUCCACUACCCGCUCAAGGAGGCUGCCGCGCGCUUGCACUCGUACGAAGGCGCCGUGAUCCGCCUUUGCCGCCAGCGCGGCUUCCCCAAGUGGCCGUACCGUCAGCUCGCCAAGCUAAGUCGCAAAAUGCGCUUCCUCGACAACGUCAUCGCCAAGAUGGAGGACGGGCCGACGGUCCAGGUCGCGGCUCGCCGCGCGCAGCUCAAGGCCCAGUACAACGCGAUCAUGUACUGGGACCCGAAAACGUCUCGGACGUCGUUCACAGCGCUCAUCAGCACGACCGACAGCGAGAGCGACGACGCCAGCAGCUACGACGACGCGAGCAGCAGCUGCUGCGACAAAGCCACAAAGAGCCACGAGCCGUGCAAGAUGGCCAUUUCCUUUAUCCUGCACCUCUA